AUGAAGCUCUUUACAACACUUGCAGCUCUCGCGUUCUGCACAUCCUCCUUCGUCUCCGCGUGGUCAUGCCUUUCCGACGAUGACGCGCAAGAUAUCGUCAACAAAUCCAUCAUCUUCCUCCAGCAUGAAGAUCCGGAAGAAGCACGCGCCAUUGCAUACGAGCUCUUCGCGCCUAACAUCACCCAAUACGGAGACUCGAUCAACUACUUAAGGGGCGCUCCACUCGGGACCCCAGUCUACGAAAACGCCACUGCAUACAUCGAAGGCACGCUCUCCGCGCCCGGAAUCCCAGAGAUCACACAACUCGCCCUCGUGCACGACUGCAACUCGCUCAUCUUCUUCUGGGAGUUCAACGGCAUCGGUGGCCCCAUGGGCGCGGGCCUUCGCGUGCGCGGCAUCUCCUACCAGCAAGUCGACGAUAACAACAAGGUGGUGAGCCACAACGUCGAGUUCAAUAGUCUGGCGUGGGCAGAGAACACCGGCUUCACGAUCGAGUACCCUACUACGGGCACGUAUGCGGAUGCAGGUCCUGAUGCGGAGGGUGGGGAGGCGAAGAGAGGAAUAGCUUUCAGAGGGUAA